ACGCAUCCAACGGUAAAGAAUGCCCAGGAAGGCGUACUUGCGUGCAUCACAGCAACAACACCCGCCAGGAGGAGACAGGAGCAGGAGAGCACUCUAUUCUGUAGCGGGAGUCGGAUAGCAGCAAGUACCGGUUUUCCCCGUCGUCCCACUGUCAAAUCAUCCAAUAUCUCAUUGCAGAAAGUCCACCUCUCUCUCUCUCUCUGGUGUUUUCUCUUUCUUCCAAGACUUCCUCAUUUUCCAAUGGCCGCGAGAGGAAACCAUUACGGUUCGGAGGAUUGAUUUUUGAUUUUUGAUUUUUGAUUUGGUUUGGGCACGACAUGGCUGAGAACGACGCCGUUGCGCAGACCUUCCGGGCGCUCGUGGAGGGCGCGGACCAAAAGUUCGCGAGGGUCCGGGACAUACCUGCGUACGGACGGGUGACGAGCCACUACUACUUCCAGAAAGUAUUCAAGGCGUACACGCGCCUCUGGAAGUACCAGCAAGAGCACCGAGGGGACCUUCUCAAGUCCGGCCUUAACCGCUGGGAAAUCGGCGAGAUCGCCAGCCGGAUCGGCCAGCUCUACUUUUCCCAGUACAUGCGGACCAGCGAGGCCAGGUUCUUGGUCGAGGCCUACAUCUUCUACGAAGCGAUUCUCAGUCGGAGGUAUUUCGAGGAAUCCAAAGGCUACAGCAAGGACCUCGGGGUGAGGUUCAAGGAACUGAGGUUCUACGCCAGGUUUUUACUAGUCUCCUUGAUUUUGAAAAGGACCGACAUGGUGAAGGCUCUCGUGGACCGGUUCAAGGCUGUUGUUGAGGAUAGCAAAGCUGCUUUUCGGGAAACUAACUUCAAAGAAUGGAAGCAAGUAGUGCAAGAAGUUGUCCACUUUGUGAAAGUUGAUACAGCAUUUAUGGAUGUUAGACCGUUGCGUUAUUGUGGUAUGUUUGAUUCGCAUCCAGCUUCUCUUCCAUAUGUGACUCGCUUCCAUGCAAAGAAGGUCCUAAAGUUUCAAGAUGCACUGCUGACAAGCUAUCACCGAAAUGAGGUCAAAUUUGCUGAACUUACUUUGGAUACUUUUAGAAUGCUACAAUGUUUGGAAUGGGAGCCAAGUGAAUCUUUCUAUCAAAAGCGGCCAGUUGAAUCAAAUGGGAAUGGCACUUCAAUUGAUCAUUCUGGAGCAUCUGGAUUGAUUGAUAUAAAGUUGACUGCAGACAUGACUGAUCCAAGCUUAACUCCAAAUCCAAGGAAAGCUAUUCUCUACCGACCAUCUGUUGCACAUUUGAUAGCGGUUAUGGCUACAAUUUCCGAGGAGCUUCCUCCAGAUAGUGUUAUGCUACUAUAUCUAUCGGCCUCAGGGAAGGCUAGUCCUAGUAGUAAUAUUGCUCAGAUGGAAAGCUCCGGUGGAUCACGGAAAUCUUCAAAAAACAAAGUAACUUUUCAGUUCUCUCAAGAGCAGAAUAGCAAUAUGUCUGAAUCGAGUAUUAAUCAUAAGGGAGAGUCAAGUGGCUAUUAUGAUAGUUGUCUGUGGUUUGGUUCAAGAGGACAUCGUGGUUCAAAUAAUCUCUACCCUGGUGAUAUAAUUCCUUUUACCCGUAGACCUCUUUUCUUGAUUAUUGAUAGUGAUAAUAGCCAUGCAUUCAAGGUUUUACAUGGUGCGGAAAGGGGAGAGCCAGCUGCUCUACUCCUUUCACCUUUGAGGCCAGCAUUCAAGAACCCAUCAAAUGCUGAUUUAUCACAAAAUGGAAGUCAGUUUACCUUUUUCUUGACUGCUCCUCUACCAGCAUUUUGCCAAAUGGUUGGGCUCUCCUCUCCUGAUACUGACUCAGAUGUUUACAAUGAUGCGGAAAACAUACUCUCCACUGCCUUCGCUAAGUGGGAAGUCAUACUUUGUACAUCAACUAGCGUGGAUAUUGUUUGGGCACAAGUUUUAAAUGAUCCAUUUAUUAGACGGCUUAUUCUAAGAUUCAUAUUCUGCCAAUCUGUGCUUUUAUUAUUCUGCCCUUCAGAAGAUAGUGAUCAAUAUCUUCCUGCUUGCCUACCCCAUCUGCCUAGUUCUGUCUCUCCAAAUUCUGAAGUUGUGCGGUCUUCUGUCGUCCGGCUUGCAAAGCACUUCAGGGUUGCUGACUAUUUUCACUUCGAUGACAUGUGAUGACCACACAUAUCAAAGUAAGCUUGUAAAGUUAUAUUGCAGCCUUCAGGCGUUGAUAGCUUCUGCAGUUUAAUGGGGGUAGUGACCAUUUGAAUAUAUAUACGAGAGGUUUUUGGGGAGAUUUUAGGAGGAAUAUAAUUCGUUAAGGGGAGCUUUAGCUGGCGGUUUAGAGGUAUAUCCAUGUUUGCAUAACUAGAUUUUUUUUUAGUUUUCUUCACACAUACAUGAUUUAAACCCCAAAAUAAAUUUUCAUUUGUUCAAAAAAAAAAAAAAAUUUGUUACGCAAGCAUUCUCUAUAUGUCCGAGUGAGGUUUCUGCUGCUUGUUUUAUUGUGCCUAUGUGCAACCCCGCUGGUUCAACAGUGCUGAAUUUGUAUGGUGAUUUUGGUGUUCUGGUCAAGACAGGGGGGUGUAGGAUGAUUUGUAGGUUUAGUCUGAGCAUUGCAUAUUAAUUGUUAGAGGCUUUCGAUUUUGUUCUAAUUGUUCAUGCCCCCAUUGUUAGAGGUGUUGGAUUAUUCUUCAUUCUCUUUAGCGUAGUUUUUGCAAAUAUUCUAGGACACGGGAAUUGACUGAAUGCUAUUUGUUGAUACCAUUAUGGGCUCGGCUUUCCAACUUCUUUUACUUCUUA